CCCUCCUCCUCGGUUGCCCUCGCCUAACAGGCCACACCAUCGGGAAAGCGUAGACACAUUUCUGCAACGUGCUCGACCCGAGUUCAGACUCUUCGACCCAGCUAGAGCGGACGUACGUACGUGUACUAGUGUCGUAUGUUCAACUAGUAAAACACAUCUGUACGUCUGUCUGGCUUAAACCGAAACGCCGAGGACACGUGUCAUUACGGGAGCCUAUAGUGACUUGACGCUAGUGAAUAAGGCGCCCAGUAAAUAUAUAGCGGAACAGAGUGAAUUCGUCCUAGACGGGUCUGUUCGAGGGCGCAGGUAUAGACAAUUAGUGCUUACUAGACUAUACGUGGCCAGGCAACGGCCCGUGCCGUAAAAGCCUACGAUUGGUAACAUCAUACGUUGAAUCGAAGCGUUUCAUGCAAGCCACAGUGCAUGUAAUAUUGUCGACUGUAGCAGUAUUCUGAGCGAAGCUCACGCCGACGCAAACUUGCGUCCGUCUUCGAUGAGUACAACAACCGUUUACAAGUAACAGCGACGUGUACGAUUUAGGCGCAGCUAUGAGUUGGCAUAAUUUGUUUCGGCCUAUCUAGUGUGCGUUAGGCUAUGUUAUGGUGUAUGAGCGACGCAGAAGCCUAUCGAUAAAUCAGGAGGCAAUCCUACCUGUAACAACAAUAACAACGUAGCGAAAAAAAAAAUUUAAGUUCAUGGAAAAAAGAAACAACUCGAACACUGGUGCAGUGAGUUGGUUUUUCGCGUCCGAUUCUACGCCAGACGGAUCUUGCGGCGAUUUAUAUUGUGACAACUGCUGAAAUUGCUACUCGAAUUGUGUAUUCCAUCUGUACGCUAGGCCAAAUCGAUAUUGUUCCAUAGGUGAUUAAUUGAAAACGUGCCCAAGGCUAUAAGAACAAAAAUGUAUAUGAUUAUUUUAGCGCCGAAGAUCGUAUACUAGUGCACAUCUGGCUAUAUAUGUAAAAAUCAAAGUUUACUUAUCGGAACCCCGAACGACACUCUACGCUCUCCAGCUACCCGUUAUUACGUCUCUGGAUUUAGGAAAGUGUAUAGUGCGCUAAGCUAAAACUGAAUUGGCCGUUGAGAUCACAAGAGCAAGCGCGGCAACUACGCUCAACGCAUCGUGUUGUGUGUGGCUUACGAGACACGGAUAACAUUGAUACACUGCUCAUUGCAUCUCGAGGACAGACCAAACGAGUGAAGCUAUAGUUGAUAGCUUCACGACAGGAAAAAGCAAAAGCUAUUCAUGAACAACCUACCCAUACGUCGAUUUCCAACAUGUUCGUCCUAAGAAUUCCCGGGUGAUGUCUGUCGUUGAUGUCGACGUCCUCGACAUUCUGCCUGGGGUGAGCGCGCUCCAGUGAGAGCUCUCGCAAAACCCCCGUCAACAACAUCCCCAGUCGAACUCGACGCCUGCGCGGGGGUCACUUUCGCGCAGUGCGACCCCGAUCCGGCAAUCCUUCGCAGAUCUAUUUGCGGAGGAGUUGAGUCUACGACUACUUAAAUCUUCAAUUCGUCAUCAUCAAAAGGGUCUGGAGCAGACAUCUCGAAUAAUUCACCCUCGCUAAAUCGAUGGCGCAGUCGCAAGAUUUUAGAUUUGGGUUAGCGCUACCUUCGGUCUGGAUGUUGCUCGUCGGAUUGGUAUUGAUUCGGCCACUGGUGGUUCAAGCGGCCCAGUGCUCUUUAGCCGAAAUUCAAUGCGACAAUGGUCGUUGCGUGUCGUCUAACAAAUUUUGUGACGGCAGCGAUGACUGUGGUGACGGAAGUGAUGAACCACUUUCGUGCACGAACUGCAAUCGGACGUAUUACGGAAACGUGUCAAACAAGUACACGCUUCGUAUAACCGAACCGUUUCAACGUCAUCUUUCGUUCGUGUGCAGAAUUAACUUUGUCGCAGCGGGGGACCAGUUUGGCGACCUAGUCGAAAUCACAUUUCUCAACUUCCAAGUUGGAUAUUACCAUCAGCAAGGGAACUCAUCUUCGAGUUGUCUCCAAGGUAGCAUGGUUCUCGACGAGGAUAUGUCGAACGCGCACUCUGCUCGGCGGUGGAAGCGGCGUCAUGUAGUUCUACCUCAUCCGGGGCCGUACGACAGCCUCAACAACCAUGACAAUCCACAGGCUUUGCUCCAGCCCCAUCACCACCACCAUGCAUCGGAGGGUAGCACCGAUAACGACCAGAUACCGGAAGCCGCGCCGCAAUUCAACAGUCACAUUGUUAGAUUUGGUAGCUUCUGCGGAAACCUCGUCGGUAGAAGCCCCGUCUUCUACAGCAUCGGGCGAAACGUCAGUCUAACGGUCACCUUUCCGUCGCUAGCGUCCUCCAUGUCCGGUGUCUUCAUGACGUACCGGUUUCUUCGAAGGAACUACCUUAGUAGCCACUACCUUAAGGUGGAACACCCAAACGCCUACUACGGUGAGCUGGUGCCGGGCAGCUACUGCGAUAGGAUGUUCAACAACUGCUCGAAACGCCAGUGCAAAAUAAGGACGCCAGGAUUUCCUGGAUUCUAUCUUAGGAACAUAACGUGCAACUAUUACAUUCGAGAAAAUCACAACCUGCGUAGCAGUGAUCUUAUACCACAGAUUCACUUGUCACAACGAAAUGAAUAUAAAGUUAGGAUUUACUCGGGGGUAGUACCAUCGGCGACGGUUGCAGGAUUCACCCCUGGAACACUAACAACGGACUGUGCCGCCGGAGAUGUGGUACGCGUCUUCGAUGGAAAUCUCAAUGAGACAUCGGAACGUAUUGUGCUACAGGAGUUUUGCGGGUCGGGGUCGCUACCUUCAAUCGUUUCGUCGGGCCCAGUUAUCACGGUACAGCUGGUGAGCGCAGCUCACCAGCAACUUGUAGAAACCCAUAUGGAACUCGAUGUUAGUGUUAAGUUCGUGUCACGAAACGAACUUCGUCUUACCGAUGGACAAUGCAAGUUUAUUAUAGAAAGCGGUGAUCGACGAGCGGGCGAGAUCUACGCGCCGAAGCACACGCUCCCGGCUGGUACCAUCUGCACUUACCUGUUCAAAGGUCGCUCACACAACGACAAACUGUGGAUUUACUUCACGAGUUAUUAUGCGCCAGACCGGCAACCGUGGAUCCCGGAAGAAAAAUGUGACACGUCCAAGCUCGAGAUGUUCGAUGGGCCUGGCAAUUACUCAACAUCGAUUGGCACCUUCUGCGAAAAAAGCUCGCCGAAGGUGUGCAGUCAUGCUCAUGACUUCGCUUAUUUCAUACCGCAGCGGCCAUGUAAACGUGAUCGUGAAAGCUAUUUGUCGAGUGGAAGCGACUUCACUCUGGCUUAUACGACGUUCAAGAGUAGCGAAUUGACUACAAGCGGGUUACCGACCUGGUCAGCUCGCUAUGAAUUUAUUGACAAUACAAUGUUCGGCGCACCGGUAGGCAACGCCAUUAGCGAACAAGCCGCUUGCGAAGGUUGCGACGACAGGCCAUCGUGCGACCGGGAAUUCUAUUCAAUCGAUCGCGCUAGUCAGAUGUCAACAAGACCUAAGGGCAUUCAACGUGGACGUUUUGCCUCGCCCAAGAACGUGUUCUAUUUCGGACGAGGCGGUACGGCGGACCUAUCGUGUACAACAACCUUUCACGGUACCGCAAAUGAGCUUGUUCGAAUCCGAGUGGAAAGACUUUCACUGAAGACCGAGACGAGGUGCAGCACACAAUUCGACAAGAACCAGGCGCGCUACGUCUGCACCCAUCGCACACAGAUCAACUCAGCGUACAAUCGGCGACGUUCAGCCGAAAUCAAAGUCGUUGAAACCUGGAAAGGUCUCCAAAUACCGGUCGGCUGUGUAUGUUCGACGAAUACAUCUUUACCAUUUGAGCUGUCAUCAGUUGGAUCAUCGGUAUCGGUAACGUUCUCAGUCAGUGGGAUGACUCCUACCGAAGAUUUCACUGAAUUCUACUUCGAUGCGAGUUUCGAAUUUCUACCGACAACCGAUUGUGGAAAUAGUGAAGUUCUUCAAGGCAACGUCGGCUCCGCCUAUCUCGCAGGGGGCGCUGGACAACCUGCAAACAUGAACAUGCCUAUGCAUAUCCGAAGUAACACCUAUAAACCGCAAUUUCAGCGGUGCCGAUGGCUCAUUGAAGCACGACCUCGGAAGUACCUUUACAUCAAGGUGAACGGAGGGCGUGAGCAAUCGGACUGUCCAACUGAAGACCGCUUACUUGUCUAUUCUGGCGAUCAAUUCCAGCACGUGAGUCAGGUUUGCGCGUCAACCGUCCAGGGCGCUCAUACCGCCGAGUCCGAAGAGGAUGCGCUCCAAGAGCAGCCACAAGUCGAUCUGUUCAGCCCGCGCUGGGACGAAGAGGAGAAUUCUGAUCGUCAAUCGCCAUCGUCGAUUGAAUCGACCCAUCCCGAACGCAUUCUACUAGAAACAUUAUGUAGUGGCACGGCGGAGACCCCUUUCCAGGUGCAUUGGAUUGAGGUCACUCGGCCGUACGCACGGACAGUGGAAGGCCAAUCGGAGCGGAACUGUCUGCACGAAUGUCCGGAGCUUGGUGCGUGCAUCGAUCCGAUAUUAUGGUGCGAUGGAGUUCCGCAUUGUCCCGCUGGUGGCGACGAACGAGAAGAAUUCUGCAGGCGGUUCCCAUUUCUGACGGUGGGACUCGUCAUCGGACUAGCUCUGGCCACGAUCAUGGCUGUUACCGGUGCUUUAGUUGUUCGUAAGCUAUGUACGUUUGACAGUGACAAGCACAUCGCAAAGAGUCCGCACAGUCCGGACAGGUCAUCGUCAACGAAUGGCAGCGCAGUCAGAGGAGGAAGUAACGUUAAUGGAUCAGCAGGAGGCCAACAGCCGGUCGACGUGUUGAUGAAUACAUUGCCACCACUCCCAGAGCGGCAAUGCUCGCUGCCAGGGAAUCACGGCAGUGGGACGAUCAAGGACGCCCAUGAUAUAACAGCGCUUCCCGACGAACUGGCGCUCGACACUGGGGUUGAAGUUGGUAUGACAGUCGGCGUUGGGGUCGGUAUGGGUGGAGCGCCAGGUGUCCAACAUCUGGGCGCCGGCUUGAUGCCGGUUCCGGGUAUGAAUCGUGGUAUGCCAGUACCCAUGAGCAUGAACCCCUACGGCUAUUUGGGAAGGGACAGCAUGGUCGCCCUGAACCCGACGGGGGGUUAUCAUACCCACACGUACCGACAACAUCAACAGCAUCCACAGAUUGUGCUCAUCCAGGAGCAGCCGCAUUGUUGAGGUUUAUUCUAUAAAAUAUUAAAACGGAAACAUUCGAAUCGAAAUGCAACAAACCAAAAAAAUGGUGAUGCUGCUGCCAAUGAUGAUGACGAAAGAUAGAAAAAUACUAAAGAUAUACUAUUCAAGAAUAUUGAAAUGAGUUGAAUAUUCCGGAUGAGAUGCUGGGCAGCAGGGACCUUUGAUUAAAUUCGACUGGGGUUGAAAACGUCACGAAAGCAUGACGACAAUGCGCAAAGGAAGAAGCCGACAUAGAUUAUAUAUAUAUAUAUAUAUAUAAAGAAAGAAGUAGAGGAGGAACCAGGACGCUGUAACGUGCCGAACCGAAGAAAUGUAUCAUUGAGAAACAUUGUAUUCGAAUUGUAAUAGAGCUGAAGUUUGUCUAGAUAUGUGCGUGCCCCGAGGUGCUCUAACGUAGACACGAAAAGUACGAGAUUGGUUAAGAUUUUCGAGUAGAGGUAACUAUGUGACAAAGCGAAAAAGAAGGCCCUGCGGGCUAGAAACAGCAGUAAGCCUAAAUAGUGUAUGCGUCGCAAAUGCUGAAAGUUGAAAGAAAAUAGAAAAAGUAUCCACAUCAGAGGGGCACUUUCAAAGUUGGAGAAGAUGCGCAGGUUCAUGUAAUUUCUGUAUGAUAUCUCAUGUACAUAUGACACACUCCUUAUAUUCUGAGACCCAAAAAGGAACAUGUAAAUAUAUUCCUGAUGAUUCUUCCUGUAUCCUAUGAUAAUGAGAGGACGGCUGUGGUAAAGAUGCAGUUAUGAUGUACGGAUAGACGAUGGUGACUAGUGAUGCUGAUCGGUCCAGUGUGUACACUAUGUAUGUGUGUAGUAUGAACUAUAAGCUACGACCUAUCGGCCGAGACUGAGUCACUGCACUGCUGUAUGUGAUCUGAUCCAUCGUGGAAACGAAUGAAAUUGCAUAACAAUUGAAGAUCGGGGAGCCUAGCAGCCGGUAACGAGCGUAACUUCAAGGGCAUUAAAGCGGAGACAUUUACGCACCGAAAAGUGAGCAGAUAAUCAAGUAACUUAGAUGUUGUUGAUCUGGAUUUUUUCGAGGGUCUAGAAGGCGGACGGGUAGUGGGUUAUUGUACUGGAAGCGUGCUUUCAUCGCAGCGCAUUUACCUGAGAAUAAAAGCCCAUGAUAAUCCUAUAUAAUACUAUGCGUAAACAGAAUUGGGGCAUUGGCGUAACGAAACUGAGCUCAGCAGAUUGGUCAAGGACUACAGAGAUUAUUAUUUAGUGACCUUCUUAGAGUAGACAACCAUAUAGAUGUUACUAGAAGCCUGUUGCGCUAGGUAAUGUUUAUGAGACCUCUGUCCCAUCGUGAGUUUUGUCAAACCUUUAGCUCUAGAGACACAAUAAGGCCAGCCUAGUAGAUAAAUUGUCAUUUAUAUUUCAAAAAAAACCAAAUGUGUUUUUCAACUAAAAUCGAUUUCCAUUGCAUAAAAGGAAUAAUGCAGAUAAAAACAUGUGCUGUACGAAGAACGCCAGCAGGGGACAUGAAAGUUCGCUUUGUUUGAUCCUGCCUUUGAUUCGAUCUACCCGGCCUUCUCUUUUUCGAAACAGUUCCACAGUUUUUAAUAUAAACGUCUAUAAAAUGAAAACCAGUAAUGGUAAACGUGCCAGAAGUUUGUCGUUUUUCCCCAUUUUUUUUUUUAUUAUGCACAAGCUAUUUAACAUUCGCCACAUUGAGUUUUCUCGUUUCAGCUCAUGCGAUCCCCGACCGCAAUGUCUCGGCGGUGGUUUACCCCCUCGUCAAACACCCGAGGCCGACAACGGUCGGUAUUGAGACAAUGGCUGAAGUGGCUCUCGUUGCGCACACAGAUGGGGAACGCUCUAGCGGCGUCAGUUUCGAACUGCCGCUGGUAAGAUGUCGAUCCGACUACACAAUCGCGGCUAGGGAAGAUCAGGAGACGCAUCUUGUUAGUUUCUGCCGCGAUGCGUUGCCGUAGCGACGAUGGUGGAAGGCGAAGUAGACUCUGCUACGGUAAACAGUGAGGACGCAGGCCACUGACGUGGGAUAGCGGUUCACAGGAGAAAUAAGCGAAUAGAAAAUAAGCUUUGAAACUAAGUAAAACUGAAGAAAGCAGUUACUAUGCGCCUGAAUGCAGGAGCUUAUUUAUCGAGUUCACGGGUCUAAAAGGGGAGGAUGAGAUAAAACGAGGGAAACAAACUGAAAAUAGCGUUGAGGCACGUGGUCUGUGAUGGCCUAUAUUAUUUUUUUUUAUUAUCGAAUACAUGAUCAGUUUACUUUUUCAUUAUCUCUAUGAAUACAAUGCUCGAAUCCGUUUUUGUUUAUCAUCAGAUCCGGUUUAAUAUUACGGCGCAACUGGUGUGUUUGUCAAUGCCUGAAGGUGGCGGCACCUAGUGAAUGUGACCAUAGUCUUCUCUGAUUAAUCAUUCCUCAUAUUGUUACAUUGUAUAGUAUAUAAAUGAAGAUAAAACUCAAUAUAUGUUCUAGUCGAUCUACUUGGCGCUCUGGGAAUGCGUUAGCAUAACAAAUUUACCUAUUCUAUAAAAAAAGAUCAGAAGCUGAAAAUAUAGGAUGGCACGCACAAGUACACACUGCCCGCUAAUACGUGCACCGAAUGAGACAACAAUUGGUCGAUUGAACAUAAUUUUCUACUUAAAUAUAUUAUUUAAAUGAACCGAAUAAAAUUUAUUCGUGAAAAAUGUAUACGAGAACAUUGUCGAUCUUCGCACAGCAGCUUAAUUGGAAAAAAGAAAAAAUUCACAAGUAUAUAUAUAUAUAUAUUGUGGUAAAUACAGGUAUAAGGGAUAAAUGUAAGGUUACUAUACGUAUGUGCUAUGAUCGAUCGAAUGUUUACGGAUGCUUCAGUGCAGACAAUGUUACGAAGUCGUCGAGUAAUAUUGCUUGGCUGCAACAGCCGCCUAAUUGAUGAGUAAGUUAUCUUGCCUUCGAGGUCUUCGAGCGGUAACCAAACAAAAUAACCUAGGUUUAAAAACAAAACUAAGGCAGAUGCUUGAAACAACGCCAUCGAAAUACCGAAGGAUUGAUGCAGUGUGUGCAAUUGAAAACUUAAAAGUAUCCAUCAAAAGUCCAAGGAUCUCCUAACUUUCUUCGUUACAAGUUGAAGCAAUAAAAUCUAACGAAGGUACUCGAUCAUAUUAUGCAAUAUAUCUUUCAUCUUCAAUUAAAACACUGAGUGGCGAUGACUUGCUGUUACCAAUGUGAAAUUAUAGCGUAUUCGUCAGACGCGGUCCUCGAAAGAUCCUUUCUCCGUUCCCUGCUUAGAUUUGAACGAAAGCUUACUGACAACUUACGUAGACACAUACGUGUUUACGUAUUGCCAUCAAAGCUUCCCAUCCGAAUCAAACAAUUCGUUACGGCUGCUUUGAAGAGUAUCGCUUAAAUCACAGACAAUAACUCGUACGUAACAGAAUUAGGUAGCAGAGUCUACUUUCUACUGGCACUGUUCAGUGAGAGCGAUAGAUUUAAUUUAUAUAUAUAUAUAUAUAUCUUAAGAUCAUUUUUAGGGUAAUUUUUUAAUGGAAAUAGUCGAUACGGAGCAAAUCAAGCACUCGACGGGAACAGGUAAAAAGAAAAAAAGUGGAGCCAGCGCAAAAGGACAUAGGCAACAGAUAGGGGUCAGCACAAACCGCAACGGCAUCAACUUAUUGCUUUCAGUCGUUUACGACUCUUCCGAAUUUCUACCAUGGAGAACGAUACAUCAAAAAUAUAGAAAUUCAAAGCCGGAUGUUCUACGUUGGUCGUGCUUUAUGAGCACGAGCAGUGUAAAGUACUGUUGAAACUGGGCCGAAUAGUAGCCAGACAGUGUACUAGCCGACAGGGGGAAAAUGGGAACUGAGAACAAGUAGACGUCAAAAACGACAGUAACAAAGAUAAACAUCAACAAAGUUUGCUCUUGUGAUCUUUGCUUGACGUGCGCGAACGACAAAUGACGGACGUUUCAUUUACGCUGUAUGUAUAACUUUAGAAUAUUAACAAAUAUCGAUGAGGAUAGUAUAGGAACUAAAAAAUAAAAGCUGACAUCUGUGAGAAAAAGAGGGAGUAUAUAUAUAUAUGCUUGAGGAUGAGUGACGGAACGUGUGAUGUAUGUCGUGCAGAUGGCGGUAGCACCUGGACAGUGAACAGUGAACGGGGAAACGAAGCUGGGUAACAAGUGUUUGAUGUAACUGAGUAUAGACGAGCAAAUAGAAUGAAAACAGAUAGAAACAGUGAAAAGUGAAGAAGAUAAUGGCGAUAAAAGACUAUUUCAAUGUCAAAUUCUAAUAGAAAUAAACACUCUAUCGUUUUGU